AUGGACUUUUCUGCGCUUUUCAUGAUUGUAUCCUACAUUCCAUUUAUGACUUACUUAACGUUUGGUAAAGAGCGAAAUCGUUCAAUGCUGUUUCCAGAUUACUUCGUCUUUGCUGACAAACGUUUGGUAAACCAUAUAAUCGAAACUAAAUACGUCAAAGACUUGGAUCACUGUGAGCUUUUCUGCUACAUGAACGACAACUGUGUCAGUGCUAACUUCAAAAAAGAGCCAGAGACUGGAGGAACGGCGUAUGUUUGUGAAUUAAAUAACGCAACUCAUCUUGAAUAUGAUACUGACCUGUCGACUAAUGCCGUUUUUCUCUAUCGGGGUUCAAAGAACGUCUGCGGUAAAAACCUUCCGUGUCAAAAUAAUGCAACUUGUCAGUCCGGUUUCACAAUCAAGGGAUAUCGAUGUUUGUGCCCUCCUGGAUUCGAAGGAGAACAUUGCGAAAAAGAUAUUGAUGAAUGCCAAAAAAAUACUCACGAUUGUCACUUGAACGCUACUUGCCAAAACACAAAUGGAUCCUUUGUGUGCACCUGUUCAUUUGGAUUUAACGGAGAUGGACGGAACUGCACAGAUAUUGACGAAUGUGCAAGAAAUCUUUCUUGUCAUGUGAAUGCUAACUGUACCAACACCAUUGGAUCACAUGUAUGUACAUGCCACACUGGAUACACUAGAGAUGGACAAACUUGCUCAGCCGAUCCGUGCUAUAAUUACAGAAACCUGAGCGAUGCUGACAGAAAGAGCACUUACAACACACCCUACGGUAAAGAAAAAUGUGACGACGAUUCCUCAUCCAUAAUAUUCGGGAAAUGGUAUCGUUUCGUGGGAGAUGCCGGAACAAAAAUGCCAACCUGGUGCGUACCGCGGUGGAAAUGUGGUGCAGCCUCCUCAGGCUGGCUAAAAAGUGGUCACCCCACAUUGGCAGAUGGUGAGGUUUCCUCCCAGGUCUGCUUCAACCGAAUUGGAGAUUGUUGCAAGAUAUCAAUAAACAUUAAUGUGAAAGACUGCGGAUCCUACUUUAUAUACAAACUACAAAAGCCACCUUCUUGUUAUUUGCGCUACUGCAGCACAGACUGAAUGCCAUAAGCAAGUCAUUCUGCGCAGCGAAAGGAUUCACAAAUCGAUUUAUUGGCACGCACGUGUACAUCAAUGUACAGGAUAACAGGGACUUAAAUAAUUUCACAUGAGAAGUUAUGACUUAAGGUAGUCAGUAGUAGUGACUGACAUUCUAUAACCUCGGUUGAAUCAUCAUGAGAGUUGGCUGAACAAGUUUUGUUUAUCCGAGCAUUGGAACAGACU